AUGGUGCAGUAUUCUCUAGCCGACAUUUUCUUUGAGCACCAACGCGGAUCCGUGAUGGGUCUCCGUGGCUGGCGUUCGAUAGGGUGGAUUGGUGCGAUUUGCUGCGGAGGAUUGUUGGGCGUCAUGCUAUUCACCUUGGAAGAGACGGCAUUCGACCGAGUCGCGUACCUGCAGCGGCAAAACAACCCAGAAAGCGGCGAAGAACCAGAAAAGCAUCACCAAAGCCAGCAACUCGAAUAUGCUACAGACGUGGGCGAGCUGGAGAAUCUCGGUGCUGCUAUUCGGGAGAAACGCAAACCAUAUCUCCAGCGGAUGAAGCCGGUUACACCAGCAUUGCCCAGCAAGCAGCAACUCUUCCGCGGCUUCAUCUACAGGCUGCGACACUCGCCUCGCUGUUUCUUGUACCCGGCCGUCUUGUUUUCCGGCCUCCAAUGGGGAGCUCAGAUCACAUUUCUGACCUUUUACUUGUCAGUCGAAGAUGUGCAAUACUAUGCCCCUCCUUGGAACUAUAGCGACAAGGCUGUUGCCAUUAUGGGUGUACCCUGCCUUGUUGGACUCCUGGUGGGAAUCAUCUACGCUAGUGUGUUCGCCGAUUACUUCGUUGUGUGGAUGGCGCGCAAAAAUGGCGGCAUACUCGAGGCUGAACAUCGCCUGUGGUUGAUUCUGCCCUCUUCUGUUAUAGGAUCUUUGGGGCUCUUGCUGUUCGGCUUCGGAACAUCGAAACACAGCUGGGGCUGGGGAGUUCCAUACUUUGGGUUGGGAUGCAUAGGGUUCACGUGGGGCUGUGCCGGGGACAUUAGCCUGUCUUAUAUGCAGCAGGUAUACUCGGAAGCAAUUCUCGAGUGUAUGGUUGGAGUAGCUGUCAUCAACAACAUAUUUGGGUGCUCACUUACAUUUGCCGCAGGCCCGUGGCUUGACAAGCGCACGCCAAUUGAGGUAUUUUCCGUGCUGGCCGAAACGAUGGAUGGGCGGUUCCUUGAAUUUGAUGUUGUCGAGGCUAGCCUGGAGGAUAUUCAAGCAGCAUUGACCACAGGCACUGUUACUAGCGUCCAGCUUGUCGCAGAAUACCUGCGCCGGAUCAGCAUAUACGACUGCCACGGCAUCAGCCUAAACUCAGUACCUAUAAUCAACCCAUCUGUAUUUAAAGAAGCCGCCGCGUCUGACGACCGGCGGGCUGCUGGUACUCCCCUCGGACCACUCGACGGCAUCCCCUACACGGCAAAGGACAGCUUCAAGGUGAAGGGUCUGACAGUGGCCAAUGGCGCCGCUGCCUUCGAAGACUUGAUCGCCAGCACGGAUGCAUACACUAUCCACGCACUGCGCGCGGCAGGGGCCAUUCUACUCGGGAAGACAAACAUGCCACCAAUGGCGGCCGGCGGCAUGCAGCGUGGAUUGUAUGGCAGGGCGGAGAGCCCAUACAACGCGAAUUUUCUCGCCGCAGCAUUUGCCUCCGGAUCUUCGAAUGGUAGUGCCGUGUCUACUACCGCGUCUUUUGCUGCAUUUGGACUCGGAGAAGAAACGGUGUCCUCUGGCAGAUCGCCGGCAUCCAACAAUGCUGUGGUUGCUUACACGCCUUCGCGAGGGAACAUAUCAACCCGAGGCAACUGGCCUCUGUAUUCUUUAUGCGAUGUUGUUGUGCCACACACACGAUCUGUGAGCGAUCUAUUUGGGCUACUUGACGUCAUUGCCCAGCCUGAUAGCGUUACAAAAGGCGACUUUUGGAGGCAUCAGGCGUUGAUUACUUUGCCACAGCCUUGGCAGGAUAAGCCGUCCUCGUUUUACAAUCUGCGAGAAGGACCUGCCUUUCCGAAAUUACGUGUCGCGGUUCCAGACAUGUACACCACGAAUGCAAAUAUGGGGGGCGGUGAUAUUGACGGUGUUUACGUUUCCGACGCGGUGCUUGACCUCUGGAGUCGUGCGAAGACUGACCUGGAGAGCCUCGGUGCAGAAGUUAUCUCCGUGUCGGACUUUCCUGCCGUGACCCAUUAUGAAGCUUAUGCUCACAUUGGCUCGGAAGACAAGCUCGGCAUGCCCAAAAACUGGAAACAGGUUGAGCGUGCCCAAUUACCAGCACUGGCGUGGCACGAGUUCCUGCAGGAAAAUGACGACCCUCUCCGCAAGUCUCUGCAUGGAAUAGAGCCGCAAAAUGUCUGGCCAUUUAGGGACAAAUCAGACCCGCAGGUGCAAUUUUUCAAGACUGAAAACGCCGUGCUCUGGGACAACUUGAGCGAAUUCGUCACAGAGCUAGCUGCUCAGGAACCCCCCAUCACUACUCAAUACCAAGUCCCAGGGCUAAAGCAGGCCGUGACUGCGGUCGAAGAGUUGAGAAAGACACUUUUGGAAGAUUGGAUGGCUAAGCAUCAAUUCGAUUUCGUCGUCUUCCCCGCAGUCGGAGAUGUUGGGCACGCGGACGCAGACGUAUCUGUCGAGCACGCGCGUCAUGCCUGGACUAACGGUGUCAAGUACAGCAAUGGCAACCAAGCACUUCGGCACCUUGGCAUUCCAAGUAUUACAGUGCCGAUGGGCGUAAUGGCCAACAAGUUUAUGCCAGUUGGUCUCACCAUUGUUGGCAAGGCAUACGACGAUGUCCGCAUUCUUCGGCUCGGGUAUUUAUAUGAGCAAGCCAGCAAGAGAAGAGUGGUGCCGCCGCUUACGCCUCAGCUUCCUACUACAUUUUUCCGAGUGGAAACUCAGCAUGGGCGACCGCACUUGGAGAAUAUGAAAUGUUUGUCAACAAGCCUCGGCGACGGUGGCAACAUUGAAGUGGCUGUUUCGGGGACAGUCAAGCCUGCUCGGGGAAACGCAAGUCAGCCCUUUGUUCAGGUUCACGUUGAUGGCGAAAUUGUUCCGGAGAUUGAUAUUCAAUUAUCGGAGGAAGAUUCACAAGUGUACUCCUUUAUUUCCACUGUCGCCGUUCCAGCGCCACCUGAGCGACCGGCGCGAGAAGAAGUGCAAGGUAAGACUGCGAGAGACAGGAUCAUGAUCAUGGUGUUGGCAUCCGUUGCGUAUGGAAAACCAACUGGGUGGUUGGGCUUUGUAUAG